AUGCAGGAGGAAUCCGGGCGCUUGCGCCGGGAAAACAAGCGCUUGGAACGAAGCUAUCAUCAAGCUGGUUUGGAGGAGCGGCGCGUCGCAGAUCUCGCUCGUUCUCAGCCAGGCACCUCCGAGCAGAAGCUCGCGUCGCUCAAGGCGGCAUGUGAGAGGCUGGAGCUGGAGAAUGAACGUUUGAAGCAGGAUUUGGAAGCAGGACAAGCAGAUCUCAGCAGUGUGCGAGAUGCAUUGGACUUAGACCCUUCGGUGUCUCCCCGGCCCAUGACAGCAGAUGCGACUGAGCCGCCCAGGCGGAAGCAUGGUGAAAUCAGGCUCCCGAUGAACGCCAUCAAGACGCGGGCACGUCCCCCGCCGGAAGCCUCGCGCAAGCGGAAGAUGGAAAUGGAUCAAGGCUUCGUUGAGGCGGACUUCAGGGAAGGCGAGCACCCAUUGGGUUUGGUCGUCGAUUGGUCCAUGGCAUUGCCCGUGCUUUCUGGGGUGCUACCAGGUACUCAUGGUGCCGUCUUUGAGGAUCUCAGACCUGGGCUUGUGCUACUGGCCAUCAACGAGGUUCCUUUGGUUUUAGGUACCAGCCGGAGCGAGGUGGAGAGCGUCUUGGCGGUGAGGCCCUUGUCAUUGCUCUUCGAGGCUCCGACGAAGGAACUGUUCGAAGUGAGAGUUCCUAUAGCAUGGCAGAGAAGCAGACGCGCAGCCUUUUACGAUAUUCCACAAGGAGAGACAGGAACUGUGGACCAUCUCUCGCCCACGGCCAAGCAGGAAAAGAAAGGGACGCCGCUGCCCAGCUGGGCCAAGAGCGAUUUGGCACACUCGGGUGAGAAGUCUAUGACGAGCACAUCCAUGACUUCAGUCUCCUUUCCGCGCAUGGAUUUCUUCGAGGAGCAUCCCGAGCGCUCUCCGUUGUCCCGUUUUGGCGAUUUGAACAUCAUGAAUGCCAAUCCCUUUUCAGGUGAAGCGAGGUAUCGAAUGGCUCGGACCUUACCCAGCUGGGCACAGGCGGGUUCAAUGUCCCAGUCUCGCGGUCAGAUGCCAGCGACCUCCAGCUCGGGCUUUUCUGCAGAAUCCAAAAGCAAGAAGGACACACGAGAAGGUCCUUCGUGGGGCUUUUGGCUCAAGUCAGGGUCGACGCUGCGCGAGACGAGCCGCUCCAGUCGGUCUUUGCGCUCCAAGUCUAGCCGAGGAUUUGCUGCUUUAGCUGGCGCGCCAGAUCUGUUUUACAAGCAGCUCUUGGACGUGGAACACCCUGCGUAUGGUGCUGGCAGACCAUCUGCCUGGCCACUUGGGCAUGAGAUGGAGUACGAAUGCCGCCUGGGAGACAUGAUCCUUUGUAGCAAGGUCCGCGAGGCCUACGAGGUGGGUUUUCGGGGCCAGAAGCGUGACAAGCCGACGGUCAUGGAGCAACUGCUGGGAGGAACAGGGGAUGCCUUGCGUGUGCGAACGAUUGCCAAAGUCGAGCAGGUGAGUUGCGACAACUGCGGAGUGCAUUUGGCGGAUGCUGAUAAGCCAGGAGGUCGCUUCUUCUACUACUGCAGGCAGUGCAAGAGAAGUGGCCGAAGGUUUGAGCUUUGCGUGGCCUGCCACGUCUUGGAGAUCCUGCAAGGAGAAGGAAAAUAUAGCGGCAAUGGCUUCCAUCCUCACUACCUGAAAUGUCAGCACCGCUCGUUGAUCCGACGUCAAAGCCUUGAGAAUGCAUACCCCAGCUCCCCUCAUCUUCACCGAGUCCUUUGUGAUUUGUGUGGCUCCGUCGUCGUCGGACGAGGCGCUUCAGACAAGAGCAGCAAGAAAGAAGGACCUGAAAAGAAAGGCCAGGAGCUGAAGGGAAAUCCGCACAAGAAGACCUACAUCGUCUCGAACGAGUUCUACGCAUGUCCAACGUGUCCAGAGCAGACGGGGCUACGUUUCGAGCUGUGCGUGCCCUGCCAGAAGCAAAUCUCGGAGAGCGGCCAUGGAGUCCAGAAGCUGGAAUCCACUCUCUGA